AGUCCUCCUAUCGAUAUUCGUUUCUAAGUUCUAACACAGCCCCAACAAACUCCCACUUCUCUCAGAAAGCCCUUGUUUCCCAUACCUACUCCAUGUAAUAUUUAUAUUCCACACCUCCAUUUUUGUAUAACCUCAAACCACUGCAUGAUAUAAUUCCAACCCUGUUUGAGAGAGAGAGAGAGAGAGAGAAACUGAACAUCCCAGACUUACACUUGCACAUAGGUUAUACUAUUUGUAGGUUUUAAUAUUGUCCAGAAAGAGAAAGAGAGGAUGGGGAGGGGGAAAGUCGAGCUGAAGAGGAUUGAGAACAAGAUCAACCGCCAAGUUACUUUCUCAAAGAGGAGGAAUGGUUUGCUCAAGAAAGCUUAUGAGCUUUCUGUUCUUUGUGAUGCUGAGGUUGCUGUCAUCAUUUUCUCUAGUCGUGGCAAGCUUUAUGAGUUCGGAAGCGCGGGAAUAGCAAAAACACUAGAGCGAUACCAGCAGUAUUGCUUCACUCCUCUGCAGGACAACGGUGUUGAUCAACGUGAAACACAGAGCUGGUACCAGGAGGUAGCAAAAUUAAAGGCUAAAUAUGAAUCUCUUCAGCUGACUCAAAGGCAUUUGCUUGGAGAAGAUCUUGGACCAUUGAGCGUGAAAGAGCUGCAAAACCUUGAGAAGCAGCUUGAAGGAGCUUUGCAACUAGCUAGGCAAAGGAAGACACAAAUUAUGAUAGAACAGAUGGAAGAACUUCGCAAAAGGGAGCGCAGCCUUGGAGACCUCAAUCAGCAACUUAAGAUUAAGCUUGAGGCAGAAGGACACACCCUUAAGGCUAUUCAGAACUUUUGGAACAGUACUGGUACUACUACUUCAGCAGCUGAAAAUAGCAACUUUCAUCAUCAUGUGCAUCAUUCACAAACCAAUCCCAUGGAGUGCCAACCCGAGCCUGUCUUACAAAUAGGCUACCAUCAUUAUGAUCCAUCUCAUGAGGGAUCGUCUGCUCCGAAGAGCAUGGCUGGUGGUCAUGAGGCUAACUUCAUCUCAGGAUGGGCUCUUUCAACUCCGUUUAAGUUCUAAAGAGUUUCAUGCAUUUGACCAAUUAAAUGAUUGUCUAAUUAUACACACACAUAUAUAUAUUUAUAUUUAUGGCUUGUGUAUUGGUAUUUGCACUA